GUUGACGAUUAUCCGUCGUUGUUGUGGAUCUGAGAAAUCUACCGCUCUCACCCUCCAAAGAUAGGAGAGAGAUUACAGAGAGAGAGAGUGAGAGAGUGAGAGUGAGAGUGUGUUUGUUCAACGUAUGCUUAAACUCCAAAACCUACUGCUACUGCUAAGGUAUGUGGUAACAGACAUCUUCAUUUUCAUCUUCAGCUUCACCAUCACCAACAUCACUUCCUCUUUUUCUUUCUGCAGUCUCAGAAAACAACAUAAAGAUUUCAUUUUUUAUGGGUUCUUACGAAGCCACCAAUGUGGUUCUCUCUAAAAUUAAAAACUUUGACCCUGAAAAUGCCUCAAAAAUCAUGGGUUACCUUCUUAUGAACCUCGAAGACUCAGAACUGAUACGCUUGGCAUGUAGUCCAGACCCUGUGCUUCACACUCUCAUUCUAAGGGUUAAGACCCAUUUGGGUCUCACACUCUCCACCCCUUCUUCUCCUUCUCCUUCUCCAUCUCCUCUUAACCCCAUUGCAAGACUCACAAGCACCUCCACCAACCCCUUUUCAAAAUCUUCGCCAAGAGGUGCAGCAACCAAUGGCUUUGACUUCACUAGGAACCCAUCUUCACCUUCUUCUCCUGCGUGGCCAUUUUCUGGGUACCCAAAUAACAACCCCAUUAGUCCAAAGUCGAGUCCUUUACUCUCUUAUGACAACAUAAGAGCUGCUUCUUCCUUUUCACCUCGUGAUUGUGACUUUGUUGAUGAGAACCAAGUGAAUGAGUACUUUCCCUUUCUCAAUGAUUCCUCUAAGAACGAAGAUUUGGUCGAUCCACGUGUUGAACUGCCUCCUGGGGCUCAGGAUUGGCACUCUGUGAACAAUGGUGAUGCACAUUUCCAUAGGAGGAGCUAUUCUGCUAGUGAUGCAUGUUUUGCGUGUGAGGAAGCUGGUUCUGGAAUUGGUUACAAGCCAUGCCUUUACUUUGCUAGGGGCUUCUGCAAAAAUGGUAACAAUUGCAAGUUUGUCCAUAGUGGUUUGAAUGAUUCACUGGAUACCAUUGUUGGUUCCCCUAGUAAGUUUGAGGGGAUGGAACAGCGUGACGAUUUUGCGAGGUUUAAGGCUGCACAGCAUCAAAGAAUGAUGUCUGGACCUUCACCAUCCUCGUACGACAAGUACUUUGAUGUUUUGAUGCAGGAGUCCCAAAGAGCGGCUGCAGCAGCAGCAUUCAUGAUGGGGGAGGAAUUUUACAACUUUGGCCGGAACAGGCCAGAAAGAAAUGAUUUUCUAGCCGCAAUUUCCGGAGAAAAACCCAACUCUGCUUCGCGACAGAUUUAUUUAACGUUUCCAGCUGAAAGUACAUUCAAAGAUGAAGAUGUUUCGGAGUACUUCAGUAAAUUUGGACCUGUACAAGAUGUGAGAAUUCCUUAUCAGCAAAAGCGAAUGUUUGGGUUCGUUACCUUUGUCUAUCCAGAGACAGUCAGACUCAUAUUAUCCAAAGGGAAUCCUCAUUUUAUCUGUGACUCACGUGUACUUGUCAAGCCCUACAAGGAGAAGGGAAAAAUCCCUGACAAGAGACAACAGCAUCAACAACAACAAUUAGAGAGGGGAGACUUUUCACCAUGCUUAAGCCCCUCUGGGUUUGGCUCUAAAGAACCUUAUGAUUUCAAUCUUGGAGGAAGGAUGUUAUAUAAUCCACAUGAUAUCUUAUUGAGAAGAAAAUUUGAGGAGCAGGCUGAAUUGCUGCAAGUCCUUGAACUUCAAGAAAGGCGGCUGAAGAAUCUGCAGCUUCCAGACUUAAAGAAUAGUCCCAUUCACCAUCACCAACGCAGUCUCUCUGUUGGUUCUCCUUUGGUCUUGCCCCAACAACUUCAUAGUCAUAUCAACGAUGCUGGUCUUUCUUCUGACAGCAUUAAAGGAGAUAUUGCUGCAGGGCACAGUGGCAGCUUCACUUCUACCAAUUCUUUUGGUGUUGCAUCUGAGCAGCAGCAGCCUCAUAAAGAAGUUGAUCCAGCUAGCAUUGAUGAUUCUGAGAUGGGGAAUAUUAAGGAUAGUGGAAAAACAGAAGGCAUAAACCGUAGUAACAGUGUGGAGCCGGCCCUUCCUGAUAGUCUCUUUGCUUCACCAACAAAAGGAGCUGGAGAUUAUCUGACUGACUUCUCUACGCUGGCAGAAGCCAAUGAGAGUACUGCAUUUUCAGCUAGUUCAUCUUCUCAUAUCAAGCCAGAACCGGCAACCACUUCUAGUGAUUAAUUUUCUGUACAAUUCAAGAAUUGGAAUUGUAGGUAAUAAGAAUAGAAGUGGCCAGAUGGGGAUAAUUUUUAUUAGGAUUUAUAGAAGCAUAUAGAAGAAUCUUCUAGAUGUAUAGCCAAAUACACCUAGAUCAGAAGAGUAGAUCCUAGAGAAGAAUCAAAUGAGGUCACCACCACCAUCAUCAAUAUCAAUACAUACUACUAACAACAAGCGAUACAUAUUGCAUACUUGGACAGACAUUAGUUUAUAAGUAGUUUUUCCUUUCUUCUUUUUCUUUCAUUCCCUUUACAUAAAAUUAUCUUAGGUAUGUAUGUUUCACCAGACUAAGGUAAGGCAGAACAAAUUGCUGUUGUUUUACUUUAGUGUAAUAUAUAAAACUUUUCGCCUACC